AACUUGGUUCUCUCCACUGUUGUCCUUGCCAGCAGUGCGCUCGUUUCAUCCAGCACCCCGCCCUGCCUCUUUCUUGCAUAGUCACCACAAGCCUCGUCGAGCUGCCUCGAGAGUAUUGAACGUUGAUUAGCUGCAUUGCUCUCACCGAUGGCUACUAUCGCACGCACACCGUUGGCCACGCGGCCAUAUCCACAGCAUCAAUCUGUCCUCCUCUCUCCAUACCAGACAGUAGCACGAAAGCAUAUCACAGUCAAACGCCCGCGUUCACCUGAGCCGACGAAGGACGAGAGUGCAGCACACGGCGUGAAGCGGUUCAAACCCGUAGCUGCUGAGCCCGUGAUGCCCACCCUCACUUGCGAAGAGGCAAGGAGGCAGAAGGAGAGGAGACGUGCAGAACGUGAACAGGAGUUUAGGGUAAAGUACAGACGCGCUUUCCCGAGAUUCGUGUUCUACUUCGACUUGGACGGCGCCGACCCGGAAGUGGCAGCCCUGAUGAAGGACCUCGAGAAAAAGGUGGUGCAUCUGGGAGCGCGGGUCGAGGAUUUCUUCUCCAGAGACAUUACACAUCUCAUCACCUUGCAGGGUGAAGAUCAUGACAAGGAGAACGUCACGAGGAAUGAUAUACUAGAAGAUAAUGCAUUCGAUAGUCUCAUCAAGCUCAAGGAAAGGCCUGCCAACGAUGCCACUGGCGCAGCCUCCCGCGAGCUUAUGAAGAAAGCCUUGGCUCUCGAUAUCAAAGUCUGGAGUGUAUCGAAGCUCGACAGUGUCCUCGAUAGGUGUCAAGCUGCUGUCGCUCCCAUUGCAGCCGCAGAAUCUAGUCGCUCCAUCGCGCCACAGACGAAGAAUCGUUCUUUGACACGUCUGCUUGAAAAUGAGCGUAUAAAUGGGACAACGGAGCGAGAUCCGAGCCUGAAACGAAAGGACUACAAAUAUUUCCCGAAAGGGAGCUACUUUGUGCUCGUAGAGGACAUGCGACAGGAGCUGGCACCCAUUGCUAUCAUGGAAUACAUGCCGAAGAAGGAUCGUGACGGGACGGAGCAUCCUACAUGGCCAGUGUUGUACUGUCACCCUAAGUCGAGAGGACCGUUCUUGCCAUACGACGAAGACGAGGAACGCAGGCGAGAGAAGGCAGAUCGACAGGAUAUGGAAAGGACGAAUGAUCGCGCGCAGAGAAAGGCGAAACUGCAAGAGGAGCGCAUUCGAGAUUCCCAAAUACGAGCACAGACCAAGCAGCACGAUCUACGACGAUCAAUGUCUCUGAAUAACUUGCGUCGCAGGCUGUCAUAUGGAGACCCUGAAUUGGAAGGGCUGAUUGACCUUGAUGCAGACGGUGCUGAACUGAACUCCGUGAAUGCCUCCGGAUACCUUGCAUCCGGUGCAUACAUGGCUGCAUCUGGCAACAGCGUUGGCGUCACGUCCACGACAGGCACCACAUCCACCAUUGGGAACUCCUUGCAGUGUUUCCAGCUGCCUGACUCACUCAAGGGCAGGGCGCAACAACAGGUAGUGACGUUCCGUAAGGCCGCGGCUGUGCUCGAUGAAACGGAGAACAAGAUGGGGCCGCCUCCUACUAUUCCCGACAGGCGGAAUAUGCUCAAAAAGAGCCGUAGUACCAACACACUGAGACUUCCCAAAAGAGACGAGGGGACGAAGCCUGGAUAUUGUGAAAGUUGUCGAGUCAAGUUUAACGACUUCAAAAUACAUAUUGAGGGUCGGAGGCACCGUAAGUUCGCCCUUGACGACGCGAACUUUGCCGCGUUGGACUUCGUCCUCGCUCGAGUGGGACGUCGCACUCGAGAGGAGGUUGCAACCGAGAAGGAGGGAUGGGCCAAGAGAUUCGCCGGCGAGGAGGAGCAAGAGGAGGAGGCAGCUUCUCCGUCGCACGACGCAGCUGACGAGCAUGAUAUUCAAUGGGAUGAAUGGGACGAUGACGACGAGGAGUGAAGCGGACGUAUAUCUGCAGUUCAUACGGACAGUCCCGCAAGAAGUUGGUUCGCCUCCUGCAAUAUCUUCCUUUAUUCAAUCACCCUCGACUCUACCCCACGGUAAAGCCAAUCAAACAUUCAUCUCGUUGUUUUUAGGAAUAGCAGGACAUACGCAACAUUGCAUACAACCACAUCGUCAAAUCAGUCUCUGUUCCAAUAUUUGCAUGUUCUAUUAAACGUAGAUUGGUUAAAUACAAUGGCAAAGAUGCCAGCGUGUCAAUGGGU